ACACAGAGAGAGAGAGAGAGAGAGAGAGAGAGAGACGUGAGUUUCACAAUGCGUGCUUUGACCUCUUUUCCCGUGUACAGUGUUACCGUGUUACUUCCCACACUACUACUAUACUAGUCUACUACUUUACUAAAUAGUAAGCCAAAUUAGUGCGCCACCUUAGGUAACCAUAGUGACCACAGGUGGCGUUCUACUCUAGUUUUCCCCACACUGUUUAGUGUGUUAGUAUGCGGGUUUGGACACAGCCCUGUCGGCUUUAUUCACGGUGGCGUCACGGCGGAGUCUCUUCCCAUAAACCAGGAGCAGAGAGCGGCUCGGGAGAGGAAAGCAAGCCGCUGUGGAGCUCACAGGGACGCGGACAAGGCAUGAGCUAUCCCCUGCUCUUCAUUUCUGCUCUCCUCAAAGCCUUUGUGUCGCCGUUUUCUUCAGAAGCGCUGUUUCUCUGAGUUCGGGGCUCUGGAGGAAUGCCAGCCACUCAAGACUUGGCGAACCCACAGGAAGUGCUAAAGACAAUGGAUGCUAAUUAGAGGCAGUAGUGAGGAGGCUCUUGACAUGGCCUUCUCUAAUCAGGCCCAAGGGAAUGAGCUCAUGAUGGAGCUAAGUGGGUUGGGGUGAUGGGUCGUUGGAGUGGAUGACCUGGCCCUGGCCUGUGGGUGAGGCAUUAGGGGAAGAAAGCCACUGAGGAAUGCACUCUCUCUCUUGCUCAUUCUCUCUCUCGCUCUCCCAUUCUUGCACAUCAAAAUGGCAAAAAAAGAUUCAAAAUGCUGAUGACCCAAUGGAUGCCCUGGAAGAUCUGAGCCCACUGAGAGCACUUACCCAAGCUCUCCGUCACCCUACACCUCAUACCUACAAAUUAGAGUAGAUCCCUCUUCCCCCUCAGCGACCCCUGCCUCCGGGAAGUAUGCCUGGAUGGAGGUCACAGUGUCAUCUAGUGCUGCUCAACCUGCUAUCAUGUGGCCUGGAGAUCUGUGUGGCAGCUGGCAUCACCUACGUGCCACCACUGCUGCUGGAGGCUGGCAUAGAGGAGAAGUACAUGACCAUGGUGCUAGGUAUCGGUCCAGUUCUAGGCCUCAUCUUUAUCCCUCUCAUUGGUUCAGCCAGUGACCGCUGUAGCAGUAGCUAUGGACGCCGGCGACCAUUCAUCUGGCUGCUGUCUCUGGGUGUGCUCAUAGCCAUGCUCAUCAUCCCUCACGCUGACGUCCUGGCUGCUCGCCUCAGCUGGGGUGGCAGUGCCCAUCCUAACCAGCCCCUCCAGGUGGGCCUGCUCAUCUUAGGCGUGGUGCUGCUGGACUUCUGUGGCCAGGUGUGCUUCACGCCACUGGAGGCUCUUCUGUCAGACCUGUACAGUGGGCGUGAGGAGUGUGCCCAUGCCUUUGCUACUUUCUCCUUCAUGGCGAGUCUGGGUUCGUGCAUGGGAUACCUCCUGUCCUUGCUUGACUGGAGCUCUGGUCCACUUGCCCAAUACCUGGGUGGCCAAGCCAAGGGACUCUUCACUUUUCUUAUUCUCAUCUUUGUCUUCUGUGUGCUGGUCACCAUGAAGGCGUCAGAGGAGGAAGAGGAGUCAGAUACCUGGGCUGGAUGCCUCUCCUUGUGCUAUAUGCCCCGGAGACGGUUUAAGAUCUGCCUCCCAAGGGCAGGUUCUCUAAUAUGUGUCCUCAGGAGCUGCUGGUCGGUUACACCGGCGAUCUUCAGAAGCUACUGCCAUGUGCCGUAUGUAAUGAGACGUCUCUGCGCCGCUCAGCUAAGCAGCUGGAUGGCCAUUGUGAGCUUCAUGCUUUUCUACACGGACUUUGUCGGUGAAGGACUUUACCAAGGAGUCCCCAGUGCUGCACCAGGCACAGUGUCCAGGCAGCAAUACGAUGAAGGCAUCCGUAUGGGCAGUCUGGGGCUGUUCCUUCAGUGUGCUACCUCAACCUUCUUCUCACUAAUUAUGAACCGGCUGGUGUGUACGUUUGGCUCCAGGAAGGUCUUCCUGUUUAGCAUGGUAUCUUUUACCCUCUCUGCGCUAGUCAUCUGCUUGUCCAAGAGUGUGCUGUUGGUUACAGGGAUGUCGGCCCUUACCGGCUUUGCCUUUGCCACCUUACAGACUCUGCCAUACACACUCACCUGCCACUAUCACCAAGAGAAGGAGGUGUAUAUGCCAACCAACAAAACCAAAAAGACACACACAAAUGGGAUGAACAUCUCCCCCGAAACAAUGCGCCUCACACUGAAUGAAGACACAAGCGAUCUGAACCAUAAUGGCCACGUUCACUAUGACCAGGACGAGCUGGAAUAUUACCCCCCUCAGCACAGUCAGAAUGGUACGCAUGUGGAUCAUAGAUCACACGAUUAUGAAAAACGUGGCGUGGGCUUGGACUUUGCCAUUCUUGAUAGCACUUUCUUGCUCUCUCAGGUCUUCCCUUCUCUGUUCAUGGGCAUGAUUGUCCAGUUCACACAAUCCGUAACUGCUUACAUUGCUUCUUCUGCCAUUUUCGGUGCAGUCAGUGUAUAUUUUGCCACACGUGUCAUCUUUGAACAGAAAGAUCUUGAACACUAGGAAAAAACAUAAAUUUGAAAGACCAGGUGCCUUUUAAGGCUUCUCUCCAGGAAGUAAACAGGUUCUUGUGACACAGAUUUAGACUUCAAGCUACUAGAACACCAAAACCUGGACUGAAAAAAAAAAAACCUGUAAUAAAUCUGUAGUCAUUCAGCGUGAUGACCUGCUGUUCUUCUUUCUCCUGUCUGCCCACACAAUAACAUCCUGCCUGUCUCACCAUCCUUCCUGUCAGUCAUUUUCACCACUCGUUGGUCCAGACCAGGAAACCUAUUUCCUAAGUUAAUUUAAUGUUAACAUAACUGUUUAAUUUUCUUUUCUUUGCACUAAUGGCAUGUCUUAUCAUCACAGUCCUCAUUCUCAGUCACUGAUUCUACAUAAUUUUUGUAAUUUAUCCUCAGUGCAGGCUGUAUGGCUUUACAUUGCUGUGAACAUGACUUCACACUACUCAGGCUUUUUUGUUCACUCAUAUCAUGGACCCACCAAAAAAAAAACCACACACACACAACCUGGACCAACAAUCGCAUCAGAUAGAUGCGAUGUGUGAUGCAAUGCCUUUGUCAUGUAAAGAUUUAGAAAAAUAAUUAUUUUACUGUAUAUAUUUUUGUACAUUAAUAAUAUAUACAUAUACAAACAUAUUUAUAUCCCUAUGGGAAUUUUUUUGAUGCAGUCUGCUUGCCAAGGUCAUCUGUAUUUAUGUUCCGUCGCUAGCUUCACGCAAACAUCAUAUAGUUCAUGGAAUACAUUUUGUCUAUGUGGUUAGUAACCAGCACUAACAGCCAAAUCGGGUCAUAAGCUAAAAAACAGACAAUCUAGCUUAUUUUUGUACAGAGAGUUAUACUACCUAAAUGAUACUGUAGAAACACUUUGUGCCACAAAUCUUCAUAAUCAUCAUCAUGAAAAUGAUGCUACAGCAGGGCACGGAAAUUGGCGUUAUGUUUGGACAUGAAUUUAUAAAAAGACAGUGUGUGCAUGAGAGUGUGUUUGCAUGAGAGUGUGUACAUGGGAUUGUAUGAAAGUAUGUGAGUGUAUUUGCAAGACUGUAUGUGAGAGAGUAUGUGUGAGUUUGCAAGAGAAUAUGUGAGUGUGUGCGUGAGAGUGCAUGAGAGUAUGCGAGUGGGUUUGCAAGUGUGUCAGUGUGCAUGAGAGUGUGUGCGAGAGAGUGAGAGUUUGCUAAAGAGUGCAUGUGCAAGCACAAGAGUGUGUGUGUGUGUGUGAGAGAAUGUUUGUGGGAGUGUGUCUGAGAGAGUAUGUGUGACUGCUUGAGAUGUGUUGACAUGCAUGAAAGUGAGUGUAAGUGUGUGUGUGUGUGUGUGUGAUAGUGCAUGUGAGCGAAUGUGAGCAUGCGAGAGUGAAGGUGAGCAUGUGAGUGUGUGUGUAUGAAGUAUCAGUAGAACUCUCAGGACAGACCCAUGUGCUUUCAAAGCACAAAUAUCUUUCUCUACUGGUGUUGUAUCUAGUCAAAACUUAAGAGUGUAUUUACAUUUUAAACAGCCAUAAAUUAUUUUAAAUAAAUGAUUCAUGAGUUACAUUUUAAUUUAUUAUAUGUGCUGUUAGCAAUUAUAUGUCAAAUUAAUGAAAUCAUUAAAAUACUGUCAUGGAUUUAAAAUAUGAUUCAUUUUGCAGCCUGUCGUGGUUUGGCUAAUAAUGUAAUGACAUUACUUUGCUGUUGUUGUUGUUGUUGUUGUUGUACUUGUUUUUUGGCAUUAUCUAAUACACUGCCAGUCAAAUGUUUGUACACCCAUUCAUAAUCAAAAAUACAUAUGGACCAAGAAGAGUGUUAAAACUAUGUCUUAUUUUAAAUUCUUAACAGUGUUUCUGAUGGAGUUUUACAAACUCUCAAGCAGAUUUACAAGGAGCUUCACCCAGGAGGUUCCCGAAUACUCCAAGCUCCUCACUGCUUCUAAAUGAAAACUAUUUGUUUGGGGAAACAAUUUAAUGUCAAGUGCUAUUAAAUCGAGUGAGUCUAAACUUUUGACUGGUAGUGUACUGUACAUUGUAUGCUUUUACACUUACUGUCUUUUACUAUAAUGGACCAAAACCCUUUAAGAACAUUGAUUCUUUAUAUUGAUUUUGAUGAACUUAAUCUUGUUUAAAUUGCUUUGAGAAAUCUUUGAAGAACAUCCUGUCCUCUUGGUUGAAACGACUCAACUUUAAAGUGCCUAAACUAAUUUAUUAGGUCUAUUAAAAACAAGCAUGUUGUUUCUUUUGUGUCUUUGCUAUGUGAGUCAGGGAGUUCUUGACAAGAAGACUACCCUAUAUAGAAGUAAAAAUAGACACUGUUUAUUUAUAUGAAAAUGCCUUCAUUCAGCUGUGUGUACAGUGUUCUUAAAGUAUGAAGCUCACGGCAUAAAUUCGUUAUGCCAUCCUGAACCACAAAUCAGCGUUUACUGUUCACAUGUUAUUAGCUUUGUGCUUUUGCAAACAGAACACAUGGGUAAAUUAACUGCUUCACGGAAAUUCACAGCGACACACUUUUAAUAACUGCAUCCGAGUUACUAAUAUGUGUCUAGUCAUGUGAGAAAUUUAUAACCACUAUACUUGCCCAACAGAAGUCUUUGGAUUUUUACAUCAUAUUUUAAUAGUUGAAUUGCAUUAAAUUAAAUAUAUUGUAACAA